UCCUAUUUUUAAAGUGAAUGGAACCACCCAAAUCAUGUCUGUUCUCGCUGAACAACCUUGAAACAAACGAUGAAAUAGAUUCAGAGUUCCUCUUAGAUAAAGACUUUUUACUUCAGACUUUAACAGGUCUAUCAGAGAGGGAGGCACUAGACAAGCUCAAUGUCCUGACAUCCUCUAAUCCAGACAGCCACAAACGGGUAUGUGUAGCCCUGUUGUACGUGAUGUUAACGGACCAGAGUCAGGCGAGUAAGGCGUGGAGGGACCUGACUAUUGUGUCACGUGAUAACCUGCUGCUCGUUCUGGCUCGACUCAAUCAGCUGGUCUCACUCAGGUUCGAGAAACUUCUUAUGCCGGUAAAGAUGCAACUUAUCUGGAUUUUAGAACAGAUUAUCACAAGUAAUAUUCCUGGAGGUGAUCAGUUGUUUGUACUCAUGAUGAGUUGUAUUAAAGGUGGCGACACAAGGAGCCCAAACGUCCUGUUCGCUGAGCAGAUGAUCAAGAUUGUUACGUCCCAGCUGAAUUGGGUGGUUGCCAACUCGUUUAUCUUAAAUCUAUCAGUAUUCACAUUCCUUAGAUUGAUUAUAGAUCACACUACCCCUCAGGUUGCACAUUUACGCAAAGCAGAAAUCUCCCUCUCCAUCAAACUAAUCAGAGAAAACUUCACGGAAUGUAUGAAGCUAGGCAGAGACCUUAUCAGACUGCUUCAAGGGGUCGCUAAAAUACCAGAGUUCAUAGACUUGUGGCGAGACAUUCUGUACAGUCCUCAGAAACUGAGUCCCAGCUUCACGGGGAUCCUUCAAAUACUAUCAGUUAGAACGUCUCGCCGGUUUCUGGCCUCCAGACUUACUCCCGACAUGGAGGCAAGACUCUCUUUUCUAGCUACCCAGGUCAAGUUUGGUCAGCACCAGCGGUACCAGACUUGGUUUGCCAAACGGUACUUCACCGGACCGGAGACUCAGACUUUAGUUUGUGAUUGUAUCAGAUAUAUCUGUGGGGUAAUACAUCCUACAAAUGAAAUGUUAAAUUCGAACAUUGUCCCACGGUGGGCACUCAUCGGCUGGCUGUUAACAACCAUAACUUCAAACGUUAUGGCAGCUCAGACUAAAUUAGCGCUUUUUUAUGAUUGGUUUUUCUACAACAAAGAAUCGGACAGUAUCAUGAAUAUCGAGCCUGGUAUCCUCGUCAUGAACCACGCUCUAAAAUCUCAUCCAGUAAUAGCUGCCACCCUCAUGGACUUCAUAAUCAGAAUGACGGACGAGUUCUGUCCAGAGUUACAGAGAGAGGUGUGGUCAGGUAUCAACAACAGUUUUAAGGAUAUCAUCGACAAAAAGGUGAUAGCAGACUUCGCCUUACUGGUCAGCCACCCUAAGUUGGACGAAGAGCUCCGCCUCUCUUUUCACAGGAAGUUUCCGGGUAUGUGUUUAACAGGCCGUGGAGAGGAUGUGGGGGCGAAGGAGGAUGACGACAGUAAGUUCUCUGAUGACGACACAAGGUCUCCCCCUCCCCCACCUCCCCCUCCUCCAGCUGUUAACCUCUCUCUGGACAACAGAGAGAAGAUGCUCAAUGAGUCAGCCUUUUCCGGGUCCCAGGAAGAGGAGGAAGAGGAGUAUGUGCCGGAAUUUGUCAAGGAGCCAGUAGAAAAUGGCACAGUAGAUGACAGAGGUGGUGGAAGUGUAGGGGGUGGAGAUUCUGCGUCAGAGUACUCGGAGGAUAACGACAGUGGACUGUCUAGUCUUAUCGAUGACCUCGACCCAAGUAUCAAAGAGGAAAUCAGAAAGUUUGCCUAUGAAGCAGAGAACAUAGCACAGAGAACCUCUUUCGGCAACGUGAUAUCGAGAAUAAUGGAUCAUCCAGCCUGGACACGAGCUAAACUGGCUACAGUCGCCAAAUGUCUGCACGUCACUUUACAGCCCUAUUUUAGUCUUAGUGUUAUGGACGAUGAAGAUGAACAGGUUCCUCUCCAUCAUGGAAUAUUCCAGCUAUUAUCCAUCCUAACUAAAGACAAAAGACCCCGGAUUUGGAAGUUCUUAUCAGAGUUUUACAACGUGGAACCGAGAGUAGGAUACCACCUCCUCUACUAUUUGUAUAGCCGUGCUCAGCUCGACCUAUAUCUAGAGUUUACGAGUUAUACAAGUGCGGGUACCCUGAAAGCCUGUCUAACGGAGGACCUACGCAUCUGCCAAGAGGAAGACAGUCCCGCAACUUUCUAUAAAAUAAUCCCCGACCUCUAUCAGAAGUUCCCGGCUGUAACCACCGGCAACUCAAGCAUUCUCCAUCUUAUCGUGUCUUGUAUUGAUUCUCAACAACUUCACACUAUUGUUUGUAACGUGAUGAGUAAGAAGAUGAAGAUUUUCAACGUCAGAUCAAUCAGUUCUCUUCUGCGGGCCACUCUUGAGUGGGAAACGUUUGAACAGUAUUGUGUCUGGCAGCUUCUUUCUGCGGAGAGUGUUCCCUCUGAAUCCGUAAUAGAUGUGCUGAAAGAUAUUAAAGAUACUCAUCAUUUUGAGCUCUUUAGUUCGAUGUUGAUAUUCCUUAAAUCUGUGAAGCCCACGGAAAAGGUCGUCAAGAAGAUUAUCUUCUUGCAGAACUUUGAGGAUCAACUAGUGAUACCUAUAACAGUUUGGUGGAUAGAUAAGUACGGUGAAGGAGUAAUCAGGAUUAUUGAGGGUUUUAUCGGCUCUGCUGUUUCCAGUAUGGACGAUAAAAGACUGAAUAUUCUAGUCCAGUUUGUUGAGACUAUCUGCAAGGCAGUUGAUACGAAUCACGUGAUCUAUAACCAAGCUAACUUGUGGAGACAGAUCAAGUCAAGUUACAGUUUCAUCUCUGCUAGCGUGAAGGAGAACUGCCUCAUGGUUCAAAAAAUGAUGAAAGAGGGAAGAAAACAGUCUGGCUCACAAAGAGACUCCGAGUCGGGAUCAGAUCAGGACUCGGACGAAUCGGAGGAGGAACGUCCUAAACUCUCCAAGAGGAAGAGAGAUGUUUCAGUACUUGACAGUGAUGAUGACUAAUCGCCUGGGUCCUGGGUGUCAUCGUGCCUCUGAUCCACUGUAUCCUACACACAGCGUUGUGUCCUUAUUUGGGCAUGAUGUGUCUGACGAUGUUGUUCACCACACGUGAUCUGACUUACACUGUUUGGAUCGUGCAGAAAGAAUGUACAUUACCACGUUUGAAAUUAUCAGAAAAGGGAAAGGCAGAAAAUAACCGACAGUUAACAGUUAACAGUUAACAGUUAACAGUUAACAGUUAACAGUUAACAGUUAACAGUUAACAGUUAACAGUUAACAGCUGAAAGAACAAGUUGCAAUAGAAUUUUUACAAUUUGUUAAGGGAGGUUUACUGAUUAUUUUAAAUUCAGUAAUCCUCG